AGAAGGACUUUUAGAGUUAGGAAAAUAAGAGCUUCAUCAGAGUAUGACCAGUUAUUAAUAACAGGCGCUGAACCUUGUUUGAAAAUUAGCUGAGUUAAGGAAGGAUAGGCAUAAACUUUUUGUCUGCCAUGUUUUUUUUUCCUCAGAGAAAUACCAAUUGCAUUUUUCUUCUUCUUCUUCUUAUUCUUUUUUAAAACAAGACACAGUUUUUCCAUGUUGCCCAGGCUGGCCUUGAACCUCCUAGGUCCAAGUGAUCCACCUCUGAGUACUGGAAAAACAGCUGUGUCCCACUACCCCUACUUUCAAGUGUUCUUGAUACAAAAUUUAUGCUUUUAAAAAUGUUAAGAAAACUUACUAUAAAAAGCCAGAAAAUGGAAAAUGUUAAUGUAGAUUUCAUAGUGUUUUGUGAGAUUUUUCAUUUGCUUUGAUGGGAAUGGGGUAUUUGGAUUUGCUUUGGAUGGGUUUAAUAUCGAGGUUAGUAAGACCAAAUUAAGAGAUGCCUGCUGUCACUGUACUUUGAGUCUCCAGAUCAGUAGAUCUGGUCUCUGUUUUUCAUUAACUGUCCCUACUUCCAACUGGCCAGUCAUUUGAUAAAAUUAUUUGUUCCAAUAAUGUAACUGAUGGACCAAAGGGCAAAUUUGGGUAAAUAUAAAAUGAGAGCUAGCAUUACUGAGAGCUUACUAUGUGCCAGGCACCAUUCUAAGUGUUUCUAUGUGUAUAAAAUGCCCCUCACCACACUGUGAGGUAAGUAUUAAUAACCUCCUCUUACAGAUGGCAAACAGAGGCACAAAGAAGUAAAAUAAGUCCUUAUGAUUAAAAUUAAGAUCUGCCAAGAUCAAACCACAAAGAAUUGGUAGUUUGAAUCCAGAGCUAGUGCACCUUAACACUGCCUAUGCUGUGAACCGUGCAUUUGUGGAAAGUCUUCUAUGUUUACAGCCUUCAAUUCGGGGUCUUUUGAUUACACAUAAUUUCAACAUGUUUUCCAAACUCAAGUAACUCACUAAAAGCAUCUAAAACAAUGACUUUUUCCUCAUUUGACAUUGACAGUCUAAUGCAUUCUGACAGCUGAAAUAACCCUGGUGUACAUUUAUUUUCUGGAGGUUCAGCUAGUGACUGCAGUCUUCCUCCAAAUCCAGGAAAUACGUUAUCCCCUUUGUUUCUGCCAGGUGCUCCAAUUAUGGAGAAUCUGGCCCUAGUGUCACUUUAGCACAUGGGGUGGGCACACAACACAAUAGACCCUCUCUUCAGGCUGUGGGGGCAGGCUUGUUCUAUUUAUGUCUGGGAUUCGCUGCGGUUAUUCUGUGGCUUUAGGAACGAGUUUAAUUUUAUAGAAUUGCAUAAAGCAAGGGACAUAUGUCAUUCAAGAAACAAUAAAGGAGUCAAAACUGGAGUUUGCACAUCAGGAGGGUAUCCCGUUGUUUAGAAGGUUAGCAGGGUAUUUGAGAAAAUGAGAAUUAAGGCCUAAGGGCUUUAAUCAGAGAGGCUGCAUCUGAAUGUUUCAAGUCCACAAACCUUACGCGGUUCCUUUAAGCAGUGGAGCUGCUGCUUCCCGGAUGUGGAAAAAUGGCCCGCCUCUAGCCUAUGUCACUAAGGCAUCUAGUGACGCUGAGCGUGGGGAUGGCUUCUGGGUGGGGCUGCGCCUGCGCUGCGUGGAAGCUUCUUCAACGCUUGCGCUGUGGGAGCUUCCCAGGGUCUUGCGCGUGCGUACCGCCGCCAGUCCCGCCUUUCAUAGCUCCGGUGUGAGACAUGGUGUUGUCGGAGCUGGCGGCGCGUCUCAAUUGCGCUGAGUACAAAAACUGGGUGAAGGCAGGGCACUGCCUGCUGCUGCUGCGCAGCUGCCUGCAGGGCUUCGUCGGCCGCGAGGUGCUCUCCUUCCAUCGCAGACUGCUUACUGCAGUCCCCGGCCUUGGUCCCAACGCCACCUGCCGCGGCGGUUCCCGAUGCAACCCGCGAGCUCGCCAGUUUCAGCCUCAGUGUCAGGUGUGCAUAGAGUGGAAACGUGAGAUCUUGAGGCAUCACAUCAACAGAAAUGGAGACGUGCACUGGGGAAACUGCCGGCCUGGCCUCUGGCCUGUGGACGCUUGGGAGGUAGCCAAGGCCUUCAUGCCUCGAGGACUGGCAGACAAACGAGGACCCGAGGAAUGUGAUGCAGUUGCUCUUUUAAGUCUCAUCAAUUCCUGUGAUCACUUCAUGGUUGACCGGAAGAAAGUCACAGAGCUAAUUAAGUGUCGGAAUGAGAUAAUGCACUCUUCAGAGAUGAAGGUAUCAUCUACAUGGCUUCGGGAUUUUCAGAUAAAGAUUCAAAAUUUUCUGAAUGAAUUCAAGAAUAUUCCAGAGAUUGUAGCAGUACAUUCCAGAAUAGAACAGCUGUUGACAUCUGACUGGGCUGUGCACAUUCCUGAGGAAGAUGAACGAGAUGGAUGUGAAUUUGAAAUGGGAAGUUACUUGAGUGUGAGCCAAAUCCAUGAAAUUGAAAUGGAAUUGCUGAAGGAAAAGCUGCAAGAGAUGUAUCUUCAAGCAGCAGAAGAAGAGGUGUUGCCAGAAGAGAUCUCAAAUCAACUGGAUGUGGUAAAAGCGUUUCUGAGAAACAACUCAGAUCUCAGAAAUGGCCUUACAGAAGACAUCCAGAAGCUAGACAGCCUCCAUCUACAGCAUCAAAAAGAAAUUUCAGAGGCUGAUGAGAGACAGACACCUGAAAGAGAGGCUUGAGGUGAUGCCAUUAGACUGCUUCGUGUCGCCUCCAGACUUUGCUGUGUUCUCAAAACUGCCUAGAAGAAAUGUUCCAUGCCAAGGCUCAGCAAAGAUGAGAUCGCUCCUUCUCCUGGUCAGCUGCCUGCCCAAGAUGGACUCUGCAGACUAGAUGGGGGGGGGGACUGUAUUUGGCAUAUAUUUUGACUUUAGAACCCAAAUGAAUGCAAAUGUGCCUAUAGCUUGGGUUAAUUUCAUUUCCUGGUUGCUGUUUGUUUUCAGUCUUAUGUUUUCUUUCUCCUUUCAUUUUUUUCUCUUCUCAAGUUCCUUGAGAAGACUUCAAGAGUAAAACAAGAUUUUGCAUUUAUUUCGCAACAUUGCCAAAGCAAAAAAAAAAAAAAAAAAAAAAAAAAAAAAAAAAAAAAAAAAGCUGAAAUAAA